AUGCAUGCGUUUACGACAUAUAUUAAAAAUGAUCGCCUGUUUGAUGAUCGUAUUUCAGAACUCGCACGUGGUGCAGUUGGCUUGAUUCGGAUGGAAGGCAACCAAACGAUCCUUAGCCGUCCUGCAGAUAGUCGAACGGGCAAAGACUCUGAAGAUCACAAAGCGUUUACCUUUGACAAGUCGUAUUGGUCAGCCGACAAAUCUGCACCAAAUUAUGCCGAUCAGCAAAUGGUCUACGAUGAUUUGGGUGAAGAUCUUUUAAAUCAUGCAUUUGACGGUUACAACUGCUGUAUCUUUGCGUAUGGUCAGACUGGUUCAGGAAAGUCGUACUCUAUGAUGGGUUAUGGCGAAGAUCACGGUAUCACGCCGCGUACUUGUUCCGAACUUUUCGAAAGGAUCAAAAGGAAUGAGGAUCCAAACGUGACAUACCGUGUUGAAGUUACCUAUAUUGAGAUUUACAACGAAAAAGUGCGCGACUUGUUAAGUCCGAAAAAUAAGGGCAACCUCAAAGUGCGCGAGCAUCCGAGUACGGGUCCCUACGUCGAAGAUUUGUCACGAGCUGCCGUGAAUUCGUUCAACGACAUCAAUCAGCUAAUGGAUGAUGGUAACAAGGCAAGAACGGUUGCUGCGACCAACAUGAACGAAACCUCAUCUAGAUCACACGCCGUGUUCACACUGUUUUUGACGCAAAAACGUAAAGACGAACUAACACAGAUGGAAGGCGAAAAAGUUGCUCGUAUCAGUCUGGUUGAUUUAGCAGGAAGCGAACGCGCCAACAGCACCGGCGCUACUGGUGCUCGUUUAAAAGAAGGUGCAAGUAUCAAUAAAUCAUUGACCACGCUCGGCAAGGUCAUUGCUGGUUUGGCCGAGCAAUCCCAGAACGAGGGCAAAAAAGGACGCAAAUCUAAAGAAGCCUUCAUUCCGUAUCGUGAUUCGGUCCUUACAUGGCUCUUGAAGGAUUCACUAGGUGGCAAUUCCAAAACAGCCAUGGUUGCUGCAAUAUCGCCAGCCGAUUACGAUGAAACGCUUAGUACGCUUCGAUACGCCGAUCAGGCCAAGAAGAUCAAGAACAAGGCCGUUGUCAACGAAGAUCCAAACGCCAAGAUGAUCCGCGAGCUCAAAGAUGAACUGGAAGUGUUACGCGAUCGAUUACGAACGUACGCGCCUGAAGAAGUCGAGCAACUCACUGCAAACAGUGCGUACAAAAGUGGUGGCGGUGGCAGUGGAAGCGGCGGCGGAGGAAGCAGUCGACAUUCGAUGCCAGCACCGUCUCGAUCUGCACUCAACAAACCGAACGUCGAUAUCGAAAUCGUCGACAGCAAAGGCAUGAAGAAAAAAAUGAACCGACAGCAGAUCGUCGAUCAACUCCAGAGCUCAGAAAAGCUUCUGGCAAGUUUGAACGAGACGUGGGAAGAAAAGCUCAAGAAGACGGAGCAGAUCCACACAGAGCGUGAAAAGGCCCUGGAGGAACUCGGUAUUGCUGUGCAUAAAAAUAAUGUUGGCGUUUAUGCGCCCAAAAAGAUGCCGCAUCUGGUCAACCUCAACGAAGAUCCGCUCAUGUCAGAAUGUCUCAUGUACCAAAUCAAGGUGGGCGUGACCAAGGUUGGGCGUCUGGAAAACUCUGCACAGCCAGAUAUUCGUCUCUCUGGAUCAAACAUUCUCGACGAACACUGCUCUUUUGAAAACAACAAUGGCACAGUAACGAUCACCCCGAACCCGGAAUCUGUAACCAUGGUGAACGGUAUGCGGAUCUACGAGCCUCAACGUCUACGUAGCGGUUACCGUAUCAUUCUUGGCGACUAUCACAUCUUCCGUUUCAACCAUCCGGAAGAAGUGCGACGCGAACGAGGAUUGCAAAAGGUCGCUGUUGAGAAUGCCAUGGGCGGCAACAACAACGCUGCCGAAGAUGACGAACGUCCUGAGUCACCUACAGAAAGCGCCAGUAUGAUCAGCUCCGAGGUGAUCGACUGGAACUAUGCUAGACGUGAGGCAGUUUUGAACUACUACGCCAACGAGAGCAACUUUGGUGGCAUGAAGGAUGAGGAUCUCGAAAAGCUUUACGACGAUAUUACUCGGAUACGCAACUCUCGACGCACUCGUUCCGAAAGCAGAAAUGAGAACGACGACGACGAUUCAUCCGGUGAAUCGUUCCGCAAUUCGACAUCGGCAACCAUGGUUGAGGAUGGCUUGGAAAGCAUAUGCACCGAUGCAACGUUUGCGCCAAGCGAGUUGGAAGAAAAAUACAAGGUCGAGAAGGAGAAGCUUGAGAAAGAGCUCGUCAAUCAAAAACGCAUCUACGAGGCCAAAAUUAACCGCAUGUCUCGACAAUUCUCACAGUCUGAAUUCAGUAAUGGCUAUUCCGAACGACAAUUCGCGCUGAUGCAAAAGAUUGCCAAAAAAUGGCGACAGCUACGAUACGUCACAAUGGCAGAAGUUGUCUUGACAAAUGCCGUCAUGCUUAAAGAAGCCAAUAUUAUUUCGCGCGAACUCCACAAAGACGUCCUGUAUCAAUAUGCGAUUAUCGAGGAUGGACAGUUUUCCAAUCCAAUGUCGUACUGGGAAACCACGUCGGCUUUACACCAAUUCGAAACGGACGAAGACACGACGCUCAUGUCUACACCAAAACCAUGCAUCGGCGUUCGAGUGAUCGAUCGUAAGCAUCAAGUCGUCUAUGUCUGGUCUCUGGAGAAACUCAAGCUUCGGUUGCACAAGAUGCGAAGUCUAUACAACUUUUUUGACAGGCCCAUGUAUCGCUCGCAUUUCAACUUGGAAGAUCCUUUUUUCGAAAAGCCAUGCCCAAAGUACACCUUUAUCGGCAGUGCAGCAACGUCGAUCCGUAAUUUGAUGCUGCAACAGCCCUACGAGAGCUGCGUGGAGAUCAUAUGCCGCUCCACCGGCCAAAUAAAGGGCAAGUUGCGUGUACUAAUAUCGCCUAUUGCACGAUCUGUUGCGAUCAAAGGCCCCGAGGCACGGCAACCGUUGUCUGACAACGAAUUGGAUGACUCGGACGACGAUGGUUUUACGCUCAAAGUGGGUCAGCAGCUGCUAUUCGAAGUGCGUCUGUUGGAGAUGAGCGGGCUGAACGAGACCGAAUACAGUGAAGCCCAUGUCCAAUUCAAACUGUCUUCCUUUGGUGGCAUACCUGCCCAUUCGACCACGGAAAAGAUCUUUGCGACCGAUCCUGUGAGCGAUUUUGGCAGUGGUCCGAUUCAGCUUGACCACAGCCAAACUUUGUCCCUGGUCGUAACACGCAAUGUCAUGGAAGUCCUAGAGUGUGGUAUGAUUUCGUUUGAGGUUUAUGGCCUGGCGCAAUCACGUGCGCUGUCACAGUUUGAACGAUGGGAUGACCAGCGCGAGAAGCCACGUCUGGCCGACCUUCUUGCAGCAAGCCAGCAUAAUACAGCAAAUGGAUCGUCAACUUCUUUGGAAAGUAAUGGACGGAAUAUAGCUUCAGAUCAAACGUCCAUGCAUUCGAACCACAGCAACUCAAACGGUAGCUCCCUUGAACGGCGCUCUGAAGAAGAAUUACUGGCUGCUGAGCGUCAUGAUGUUGUUACAUGGGUCCAAGUUUGUGAGCUUGCACCAGAUGGCGACUAUAUACCCGUGCCCGUUACAGCACAGAAUGCAUUGGAUCGCGGUGUAUUUACACUACGACAAGGUCUUCAACGACGUAUCUGUUUUACGCUGUCGCAUACAUCUGGGCGACAGUUUCAGUGGAAUCGUAUUGUCAAGGCAUCCAUUGGCCGUGUACGGCUGCUCGAUCCCAAGGGCCGUAUCAUUGAUGCGCCAGCACACGACGAUAUACCCAUCAAGCUGCUUUCGCAACAAGAUAUUGUAUACAACAACGACGGCACCAGCCACCUGACAGCCCAAGGUGCAUGGGACAGUUCUCAGCACGAAUGCCUAUUUUUGAACCGUAUCACUGCAACCAACAGCCGGAUCCUGUUGAACCUCAAAUGGGAAGUUGAAGCCGAGAAAUGCUCCAAACCCAUCCAGUUUAGCAUGGACAUUGCUGUCCAGAUCCAAGGACGCGAUUCUUCAACAGGUCGCAGCAGACUGCGCAAGCUGUUGGGCUCGGACAAGCAAUUGCCAAAAUGCAGUGGUAUAUUUUUGGUCAACUUGCGACCACCUAUGACACGACGUCUCAGCCAACUUUGGCGUCUAAACACAGCAUCCAAAUAUGUACGUGGAGAAGAGUAUCUUGGUUCGUGGCGUCCGCGCGGUGUGUCGUUGGUGAACGAUUACAAGCAUAUCCGCGAGCGAAUCCGGCGAAAAGAACAAGUUGCUUUUACGGCUCAAGUUUUGACCUUACGAGCAGCACGAUCACAAACAAGCAAUGGUGCCAUCAAUGGCAAGAGCGAAACUACAGUAGUGAAAUCAUCCAACCACGUGGAUACUGACGUAUUAACCGAAGAGCAAGCUGCAUUGACUAAACGCGUGCUUGAUCUAUGGGAGCAGAAGCUCGGUUCCCGUAAAGAGAUUGUUAUUAGUCAGGAUCCACCUAUACCAGGCAUGCCAGAUUUGGAUGCUAGACAAGAACUACGUGGUUCAUCUAAAUUGCUCGCCGAAGUCAAACUAGUCACACAAAGUGAUAACGUUUCUAAGCGUGGAUAUUUAACUUACCAAGAGAGCGCAGUCCAUGACAAGUGGGUCAAGCGAUGGCUUGUCAUCCGACGCCCUUACAUUUACAUAUACAGCAACCACACCGAAACCGAUGAACAAGGCGUUAUCAAUGUAUCUUCUGUACGCAUAGAUUAUAACCGUGCCUUGGAACAAAUGAUAGAGCGGACAAAUGUGUUUGCUCUCUAUACCAACAACAAUGCAUAUACUUUACAAGCCGGUUCCCGCGCGGAUAUGAUAGAUUGGAUAUCAAAGAUUGACCAAAUGUUCCCCAUCGACAAGCUCAAGAACGAUUCUUUAUAA